UUUGAUUGACGUCGUGUCAAAAACGUCACUACGCCGGAAGUGUUGGAAAGAUUAAAAUCCUCUUGAGUGACAGCAGCCGUUUGGUACAUUGUAUUUUUUGUCUUUCUGUAGGGAUGGAGGUGACACGAACAAAUUUCAAAGACAGUUUAAGCACUGUGUACAGCGCAAUAGAGGAAGCAGACUUUCUCGCAAUCGAUGGGGAAUUUUCAGGUAUUAGCGAUGGGCCCAACGUCAGCGCACUGACUAACGGGUUGGACACGCCAGAGGAGCGCUACAUGAAGCUAAAAAAGCACUCCAUGGACUUCUUGCUGUUUCAAUUUGGACUGUGUACGUUCACAUAUGACCAGGCAGAGUCCAAGUACGUCAUCAAGACUUUUAAUUUUUAUAUAUUCCCAAAGCCGUUCAACAGAACCUCCCCAGACACCAAGUUCAUCUGCCAGAGUUCCAGCAUAGACUUCCUGGCCAGUCAGGGUUUUGACUUCAACAAAGUGUUCCGUCACGGGAUCCCGUACCUGAACCAGGAAGAGGAAGUGCAGCUGCGAGAGCAGUAUGAGGAGAGGCGGAGUCAGAGUAACGGAUCAGGAAACCCCUCCUACAUCUCCCCCAACUCAAACAAAGGCCCCGGUAGCAUCCCCGAGGAGCACAGGGAGUACAUCGGGCGGGUGGUAGAGAAGGUGGAAUCUCUGUUCACUACCUCAGAGAAGACUGUGGACCUGGAGCCCUGCACUGGGUUUCAGAGGAAGCUGAUCUACCAGACUCUCAACUCCAAGUUCCCAAAGGGUCUUCAUGUGGAGACCUUGGAGACAGAGAAGAAAGAGCGGUACAUCCAGAUCAGCAAGGUGGACGACGAGGAGAGGAAGAGGAGAGAACGGCAGAAACAGGAGAGAGAACAGGAGGAGCUGAAUGACGCUGUGGGAUUCUCCAGGGUCAUACACGCCAUCUCCAAAUCUGGAAAGUUGGUAGUUGGCCACAACAUGCUGCUAGACGUCAUGCACACCAUCCAUCAGUUCUACUGCGUACUGCCAGAGGACCUGAAUGACUUUAAAGAAGUCACUCAGUGUGUCUUCCCCAGGCUGUUGGACACCAAGCUCAUGGCCACUACGCAACCGUUCAAGGAGUUGAUCAACAUCACGUCUCUAGCAGAGCUGCAGAAACAGCUGAAAGAGAGCCCCUUCAAAUCUCCUAAAGUUGUGACGGCGGAGGGGUUCCCCAGCUACGAUACAGCCCAGGAACAGCUCCACGAGGCGGGCUACGAUGCCUUCAUCACUGGUCUCUGCUUCAUCUCCAUGGCCAACUACCUAGGUACUUUCCUGACUCCCCCCAGAGCCCACAUCCCAUCCCAAUCGAAACUCAUCCAACCCUUCGUCAACAAACUGUUCCUGAUGAGGAUCAUAGAUAUUCCCUACCUCAACAUCAGUGGACCAGACCUCCAGCCCAAGAGGGAUCAUGUUCUGUACGUUACCUUCCCUAAGGAGUGGAAGACCAGUGACCUCUACCAGCUGUUCAGUGCCUUUGGUAACAUCCAGGUGUCGUGGAUUGAUGACACGUCAGCGUUUGUAUCUCUGAGUCAGACGGACCAGGUACAGAUCGCGAUGAACACCAGUCGCUAUGCGGAGAGCUACCGUAUCCAGACGUAUGCAGAGUAUGUCCAGGGCAGGCAGCAGGUCAGGGAGAGCCAGGGCCAUUCUACCCAGUCCUGGGACGAGGACGGCUGGGUUAAACCGCACUACACCUCCCCCUCUACAGUUGGUGCUGGUCCUACUGGCUACAGCUACGGUCACAACAGGCCGUCGUUGGGGAAACGCUGCGUCAGUCCGAUCCAGGAGGAGCAGCCUACGGAGGGAGAGGCUCAGAGAUCACACGCUGACGGAUGGAGUGGCUACACGCACUCUCACACACACCCCGACACGGGCAGCAAGAAGAUCAGGACCGACGGGGUGUGUGUACGGACGUAUGCAGGAGUAGUGGACAGUAAGACGUCAGAAGGCUGGCUGAAAACUCAGUCUGAGUCUGAUUCGUCGAGCAUGAGUCCGAUCCAGGAAGAGGCGGGGUCGGAGGCGGGAGACGACGCUAGUGAUCCGGCGGCGGGCGAAUGGCAACAGCCUUCAACCAUUCAGAGCAAGAAGAGCCGCAAGAACAACAGGAUGAGGAAGACUGAUGGUGCAGAGACGACGUCUACUCUGUUCGACGUACCUCAGGUCUGGUAGCGAUGGAACCCGAGAUCCUGGCUCCUUACCACCUGGGUUCCUACUUCCUACCCCUGGCCACUUGACUCCUACCCCCUAGGACCGGGUUUGGAACGAGGCCUGAAGUUUCAACCAGCUGCACUUAUCUGACUGGCUGAGAGAAACGAAGCCAUAAAUCAUGAUGAUAGGAGUCCGCAGCAUGUGGUAUAGCAGGAUAUUCUUUAGGAAAGAAAAAAACGGUCCCAAAUGGCACCCUAAUCCGUAUAUAGUACACUACUUUUAACUACGGCCAAUAGAGCUCUGGUUCAAAGUAGUGCACUAUGGAUAUGUCCCAAAUGGCACCCUAAUCCGUAUAUAGUACACUACUUUUAACUACGGCCAAUAGAGCUCUGGUUCAAAGUAGUGCACUAUGGAUUGUUGUGUCCCAAAUAUUUUUUUCACUGCUUUUUUUGUUGUUGCUCGCACUGUUUUUCAUUUCUGAUUGAUUGAUAAAUCCCCUGUAUCGUGAUGGAUUAGGUAGUUACCACUCUGCAUGUUGUGGCGCUACUGACAGCUGUUCAGUACAGAGAGAGAGAGAACUCACACCCAGGCUCUACUCGCCUAACCCACCAGGCUCUGAAAUGGCAGCUUGAUCUCUGUUCCACUACUCUUAACCAGGGUCUAUAUCGCUCUGGUCAAAACUAGUGCUCUAUAUAGGGGGAUGGGGGCCAUUUGGUUCACAGCCUGAUCUCUGUUCCACUACUCUUAACCAGGGUCUAUAUCGCUCUGGUCAAAACUAGUGCUCUAUAUAGGGGGAUGGGGGCCAUUUGGUUCACAGCCUGAUCUCUGUUCCACUACUCUUAACCAGGGUCUAUAGCGCUCUGGUCAAAACUAGUGCUCUAUAUAGGGGGAUGGGGGCCAUUUGGUUCACAGCCAGGGUCUGUGUUCCAUGAGUAUCAACGUUUAUAGUAUAUUCAUCUAGAAAUACACUAUCUAGAUUUGAUGCGUGUCUUUGUCCUAUAGAAGAGGGAAUCGUUUCAUGGUGUGGUGUGUGUAUUUUCUACGUUGUAUCAUCCUGAACACCAGGCCAGGCUCGUUGUUCCACGACCUCCUAGUUACUGUCACCGAGUCUGAAAUCUUUCCCCUCACUGUGUCUGUUACUGGUGCCAAACCGGUUUAGUUUUAACCGUAAAAAAAUGUUGCCUCCGUGACCCGUUCAUCGUGAACCAUCAUUAAGUGUCUCUUAAACCCCCCCCCCCCCCCCCCUCCCCAAUGCCACUGGACUGAUGCUAGUGUAACACUGUCCUGGUGCUGUAGCCCUCUCCUCCCCCCUCCCCAAUGCCACUGGACUGAUGCUAGUGUAACACUGUCCUGGUGCUGUAGCCCUCUCCUCCCCCCUCCCCAAUGCCACUGGACUGAUGCUAGUGUAACACUGUCCUGGUGCUGUAGCCCUCCCCUCCCCCCUCCCCAAUGCCACUGGACUGAUGCCAGUGUAACACUGUCCUGGUGCUGUAGUAGGAUUUUAAAUAUAGUUUAAAUAACUUCCUUUUUAAAAGAAAUAUGUAUAAAGGUCAAGCCCCUCCCCUCAUUUUAUAGAUCCUGCUAGAACCUUCUCUAAUGGUGUGUCCUAAAUGGCUCCCUGUAUAGUGCAGUGUCCUAAAUGGCUCCCUGUAUAGUGCAGUGUCCUAAAUGGCUCCCUGUAUAGUGCAGUGUCCUAAAUGGCUCCCUGUAUAGUGCAGUGUCCUAAAUGGCUCCCUGUAUAGUGCAGUGUCCUAAAUGGCUCCCUGUAUAGUGCAGUGUCCUAAAUGGCUCCCUGUGUAGUGCAGUGUCCUAGGGAAUAGGGCCCUGUGUAGUGCAGUGUACUAGGGAAUAGGGCCCUGUGUAGUGCAGUGUACUAGGGAAUAGGGCCCUGUGUAGUGCAGUGUACUAGGGAAUAGGGCCCUGUGUAGUGCAGUGUACUAGGGAAUAGGGCCCUGUGUAGUGCAGUGUACUAGGGAAUAGGGCCCUGUGUAGUGCAGUGUACUAGAAAGGGAAUAGAGAGCCAUUUUGUGAAACAACAAGAGGUGUGGUUGGUCUUUUCCCUACAACAGACAGUCUAGUGGCAUUAUUAUUUUUGUAUGGACGACUUUUUUGUUGUGGCGUUUAAAUGUCUUUUAUUUUUGGGGUCUUUACUUUCCCCUCGUUGUAAACGUCCUCCCUUUGCAACUGUGUCAAAUAUUGUAUCAAUGCAAAACGUGUCAACGUUAAAGAAUACGCUGUUUUUGUAUGAAAAAUGUCGCAACAAAUAUUUCCUUAUGAACAGGAACAAUUAAAGAACGUUUCUUAGUAA